AUGCCUCAGAACAAACCCCGUCUCCAGCUCGCUCUCUACGCGCGGCCAAAACACCCCGGCACGUACCACUACGCACUAUUCAUUUCUCCCAAAGGCACCAAGCAACAGCCUGCUGAUUCAGCGACAAAACAUCAUGUUAAGAACACGCUCCAAAACACCGCCGGCGAAGUCACGCAGCCCUGGCGCUACGAACGCCUUGCUAUCUCAGAUGUCCAGCUAGAACACCGCCUCCUAGUUCGUAUCAAUAUAGCUAAAGUUAUCUCCCCGCAUGCGCUCGAGAGAAUCAUUGAAGCAGUGCCGGUUUACCAGAUUGAUGACCCAAAUCAAAUCGAAGCACGAUCGUUCACCUGUCUGACAUGGGUUCAGGCUACAUUGGAGGCGUUGAGGAGCCAAGAUGUGGUUACAGGGCUGGGAGAGUGGGUGAAUAUUCAGAAGGCGGCGCUGGAAUAUGUCGAGAGGAAGAUGGAGGUGGGGAGAUGGAAGGCAGAUUGGAAGGGAGAGCAGAGGGUGCCAAUGUUGGAUUUGCGCAGUGGGAGAGAGAUUGUUGGUUAG